AUGAGAUAUGUAUUCAUCUACAAGAAAAAUGUUGACAAGUUCGAGAAUAAACUUGAGGUGUUGAAAGCAAAAAGAACAAGUGUGCAGCUAGAGGUCGAUGUUGCAGACAGGAAAGGGGAGAAGAUAAAACCGGACGUCGAGCUUUGGUGCAAGACAGUGGAUAAGGUAAUCAAUGAAGAUGUGAAGAAAAUGAAGGAUCUUGAAGACAAAGCAAAAAACAACUUCAAGUCUCGCUACCAGAUUAGCAAGAAAGCAGAAGAAGGUGUCGCGGCUGUUGACGAUCUUAUCCAACAGUACUGUCAAUUUAACGGAGCGGGAUACCGUGAUGUUCUAGAAGCCCCCAAGUGUGCAGCUUCUAAAAAUUAUAAGGCUUUUGAUUUAAGAAAGGAGGUUUUGGACGGAGUUAUAGAGGUAUUAAAAGAUUCUGCCAUCAGCACGGUAGGGGUGUACGGGACGGGUGGUGUGGGCAAAUCCACACUAGUCAAUCAAGUUACCGUACAAGUUGAAGAGGAUAACUUAUUUGACUGGGUGGUUAAAACAACUAAAGAGAAGAAGAUUCUCAUUGUUUUAGAUGAUAUUUGGGCGAGACUAGAUCUAGAAGAAGUCGGAAUUCCUUUUGGAGAUCAACACGAGGGAUGCAAGAUACUGCUGACGUCAAGAAAUCAAGAUCUUCUAAUCAAUGAGAUAGGUGUUAAGAAUACUUUUGCAAUCGAUGUUUUGAAUGAAACAGAAGCUUGGGACCUGUUUAAGGAGAUGGUUGAGAACAAUUUUGAAGAUCUUGAGUUACGAUCUGUAGCAACUGAGGUAACCAAAAAGUGUGAAGGAUUGCCAGUCGCAAGAGCUUUGAAAAGCAAAGAUAUGUAUGCAUGGAAGGAUGCUUCUUUGAAACUUCAGAGUCCUUCUCCAAGCAGCUUCACAGGGAUACCAGCAACUUUAUAUUCAGCUAUAAAGCUGAGUUACAAUUCUUUGGAAGUGAGGAACACAGACAGACUUUCUUGCUUUGCGGUCUACUAG